AUGGCGCACGGCGGCGCAGCAGCGGCGCCGCUGCUCCCCUCGGCCGCCGCGGCGCCGGACGCGUACGCGCCGCGCCGGAACAGGUUCUCCUUCGUCUGCGCCACGCUGGCCUCCAUGACGACCAUCCUCAUGGGCUACAACCUCGCGCUGAUGAGCGGGGCGCAGCUGUUCAUCCGGGAGGACCUGGGCCUCUCCGGCGUGCAAAUCGAGGUGCUCGCUGGGUCCAUGAACGUGUUCAUGCUCGUGUCCAUCCUAGCCGGCGGGUGGGCCGCCGACUUUCUCGGCCGCCGGCGUACGCUCGUGCUUGCCAACGCCUUCCUCAUGGCCGGCGCGCUCGCCAUGUCGGUCGGCGGCAGCUACACGGAGCUCAUGGCCGCGCGCUUCGUCACCAGCGUCGGCGCCGGGUUCGCCCGCGUCGUCGCUCCCGUCUACAACGCCGAGAUCUCGCCAGCGUCCACCCGCGGCGUCUUGUCGUCCUUCCUAGACAUGUUCAUCAGUGUCGGCAUCUUGCUCAGCUACGUGUCGAAUUACGUUUUCGCCGGCCUGCCGGUGCACCUUGGCUGGCGCGUCAUGUUCGCCGCCGGCGCGCUCCCGCCGGUGCUCCUCGCCGCGGGGGUGCUCGCCAUGCCGGAGUCGCCGCGGUGGCUGGUGAUGGGCAGUCGCCACGCCGACGCGCACGCCGUGCUCCUGCGCACCUCCGACACCCCGGCCGAGGCCGACCUCCGCUUCGCGGAGAUCAAGCAGGCCGUCUCGGCGCCACAGCAAGCCAGCGCCGGCGGUGGCGUGUGGAAGGAGAUGCUCGUGCGGCCGACGAAGAGCGUGCGCCGGAUCCUCGUCUGCGUGCUCGGGCUGCAGUUCUUCCAGCAGGCCUCCGGCAUCGACGCCAUCGUGCUCUACAGCCCGCUGGUGUUCGAGAAGGCCGGCAUGCCGUCGAGCACCGCCGUCCUCGGCGCCACCGUCGCCGUCGGUGUGGUCAAGACGGGCUUCAUCCUCGUCGCGACGUUCCUCUCCGACCGCGUCGGCAGGCGCCCGCUCCUCCUCGCCAGCACCGGGGGCGCCGCCAUGGCGCUGGCCUCCGUAGCCCUGACGCUCUGCAUCGUCGGCGGCGGCGACUCCUCGUCGUCGUCCGCUCUGGGCACGGUGGCGUGCAUCGCGUCGGUGCUGGCGUUCGUGGCGGCGUUCUCGGUUGGGCUCGGGCCGGUGGUGCCGACGUACACCUCGGAAAUCAUGCCGCUGCGUCUGCGUGCCCAGGGCACGAGCUUCGGCACGGCGGUGAACCGGGUCACGUGCGGGCUGGUGACCAUGACGUUCAUCUCUCUCGCCGACUGGAUCACUAUGCCCGGGUGCUUCUUCCUGUACGCCUGUGUGGCAGCAGCCGCGUGCGCCUUCGUGCACGUGCAGCUUCCGGAGACUAGUGGCCGGAGCUUGGAGGACAUGGACGUGCUCUUCUCCAAGUGAUGAUGGAACUAAGGUUUUGUGUGAUUAAUGCAUUUGCUAGUGUAUGGGU